CAUGUGAUUUUUAUUUUAAAUGCAAUUUUUUUUUCUUUAAAUAAAAAUUCUACCAAAUUUAUAAAUAAUAUACAUGUUUUACAGUGCAUGUGUUAUAACCUAAAAAAGUAGUUAUAGUGAAUGAGUUUUUAUUUAUUUAGUUAAUAUUUAAAUUAAAACAUGACUUCAAUAAUAAAACUUCAUGCUAUUUCUGGUGCUAUGGAUGAAAGUCCUCCCUGUUAUCUUUUAGAGAUUGAUGAUGUGAAGAUAUUAUUAGAUUGUGGAUGGGAUGAAAAUUUUGAUGAAAAUUUCAUCAGAGAAUUAAAGAGACAUGUGCAUCAUAUUGAUGCAGUACUUCUCUCUUAUCCUGAUCCUUUACAUUUAGGAGCCUUACCUUACUUGGUGGGAAAGUGUGGUUUAAAUUGUCCUAUAUAUGCUACAAUUCCAGUUUAUAAAAUGGGACAAAUGUUUAUGUAUGAUAUGUAUCAGUCACGGCAUAAUAUGGAAGAUUUUGACCUUUUUACUUUAGAUGAUGUUGAUGCUGCUUUUGAUAAAAUAGUCCAAUUAAAAUAUAACCAAAGCGUUUCAAUGAAAGGUAAAGGUUAUGGAGUUACUUUAACUCCGUUACCAGCAGGUCAUAUGAUUGGAGGAACAAUUUGGAAAAUAGUCAAAGUUGGAGAAGAGGAUAUAAUUUAUGCAGUAGACUUUAAUCAUAAAAAAGAACGACAUUUAAAUGGGUGUGAACUCGAAAGGCUACAAAGACCUUCGCUACUUAUCACUGAUGCUUUUAAUGCUUCUUACCAACAAGCAAGAAGACGAACUCGUGAUGAAAAAUUGAUGACAAAUAUUCUUCAAACGCUUCGCGGGGGAGGUAAUGUUUUAGUCGGAGUUGACACUGCAGGAAGAGUAUUAGAAUUAGCUCAUAUGUUAGACCAAUUAUGGCGAAAUAAGGAAUCUGGACUUUUAGCAUAUUCUUUAGCACUCCUUAAUAAUGUUAGUUAUAAUGUAGUUGAAUUUGCAAAAUCUCAAAUUGAAUGGAUGAGCGAUAAGUUAAUGAGAAGCUUCGAAGGUGCACGAAAUAACCCAUUCCAAUUUAAACAUCUCCAGCUCUGCCAUAGUAUGGCAGAAUUAAAUAAAGUUCCCAGUCCAAAAGUAGUUUUAGCAAGUACUCCAGAUAUGGAAUGUGGAUUUUCGCGUGAUCUUUUUCUUCAAUGGUGUUCGAAUCCACAAAAUAGUAUUAUUAUUACUAGCAGAACAUCUCCAGGCACUUUGGCUAGAGAAUUAGUCGAAAAGGGAGGUAAUAGAAGUAUUACCUUAGAAAUAAAGAGGAGAGUAAAAUUAGAAGGUUAUGAAUUAGAGGAAUAUCUAAAACGCGAACGUGCAAAACAAGAAAUGAUGAAACAAGAACAAAUGGAAACAGCUGAUGUGACUUCAGAAUCUGAAGAUGAAAUUGAAGUUGGUGGUACUCGAGGAAAACAUGAUUUACUAAUAAAACAAGAAUCGAAACAAGGUUUUUUUAAACAGAGCAAGAAACAGCAUCCAAUGUUCCCUUUUGUUGAAGAAAAAAUAAAAAUCGACGAAUAUGGUGAAAUUAUAAGACCUGAAGAUUAUAAAAUAGCUGAAACUAUUCCUGAAGCUGAAGAUAACAAAGAAAAUCUUGAUAUCAAAUCAGAUGAAACUAUGAUUUUACCAGAAAUCGCUCCCGACAUUCCAACUAAAUGCAUUCAGAUAACUAGAACUAUUAAUGUCAAUGCAUCGAUAACUUACAUUGAUUUUGAAGGACGAUCGGAUGGAGAAUCUUUACAGAAAAUUUUGGGACAAUUAAAACCACGAAGAGUCGUUCUAGUACGAGGAUCUGCUAAAGAUUGUGAAAUUCUUUCCCAACAAGCACAAGCCGUUGGUGCUCGAGUCUUCAUUCCAGGUCGUGGAGAAACUCUAGAUGCUACGACUGAGACUCACAUUUAUCAAGUUCGUCUUACUGAUGCUCUUGUGAGUGGAUUAAACUUCUCUAAAGGUCGUGGAGAUUCUGAAGUUGCUUGGAUUGAUGCUAUGAUUGCAGCUCGUGAACAAAUAUGUCGAGAUGCUGUUGCUGAUACGAAUUCGGAAGACGCGGAAGAAAAAAUUCUUACAUUGGAACCGCUCACAACAAAUGAGCAGGUUCCCGGCCAUCAAACUAUUUUUAUUAAUGAACUCAAAUUAUCAGACUUCAAACAAAUUCUUAAUAAGAGCAACAUUCCCUCCGAAUUUAGUGGAGGAGUUUUAUGGUGUUGUAAUAACAGUAUUGCGGUAAGAAGACACGAAGCCGGCAAAGUUGUUCUAGAAGGAUGUUUAUCAGAAGAUUAUUACAAAGUUCGUGAGCUAUUAUAUGAACAAUAUGCAAUCGUUUGAAACUUAGUCAACUUGAUAAAUGUACAUAUAUUUGUAUAUUUUAAUAAUAAAAAGAACAAUUAAAUUAAAAUCACUGUAUCGGUUGGUUAUUAGUGUAAUUAGUGACUUGAUUAUAAUAGAAAUGAUGAAAAUUGUUUUUGAAUUAUUAUUAUUUUAUGAUAUACAUUAAUGUGUAGUAAUUGUUAAUUUUACGGAUAAAAACUUGUAAUUCAGACAAUUUAAGAACUUUGUUUUAUUAAAAAUUUUACAUUAAAUCAUUAUGAAAGGUGUUUUAUAAAAUGAUAAUUUAAAAAAGUAUUAAUGAUUAACAUUGUGAAGGUCAUUGUCUGACUCGCCUUUCAUUUAGCUAGUAUUAAACACGUGCUGUCGCGGAAUACUACAGAGUGGAUCCAGCCAACUACAUGUCAAAAAUUUAAAUGCUUGCGCCGUACGUGUGUGUUCGUCACAAUCUUGAUCACCACAAAAAUCAGGUGGUCGGACGCACGCUCAGCUGUGCACAGCCGGUGUUGUUGGGGAAUUCAAUUUUUUUCAGAUUUAUAAACAAUGAAUUGU